UCUUCUCCUCUGUCUCUAAGCUUCUCGCUGCUGUCUCCUUGCUCUGUUUUUGCUGUCUCUUCUUGUUCUCUUGUUGCUGUCUAGAGAUUUGUCUCUUUCUCUCUCAGCUAACACUCGUCCGACCAUGAGUUCUGUUGCGGCGAAACCUGUCUGCGCAAUCCCACUGGACAAGCGUAAGGCUAAGGGUAAGGCCGUUCUCUGCAAGAAACGCGUUGAAUUGAAGCAGAUGCGCAAUAUUCUGGGCCCUAUGUCGCGCAUCAAGAUAGGGCAUCUCAGAUAUCACCAAUGCCAACCGGUCAAUGCCAAGAUUUAUCCGAAAAAAUUUCCAGCAAAUGUAAAUGUUGAAGGUAGGGAAACAGAGGAUUCGUCUUCGGAGUCGACGAUCCGUCAUAUCGACCCAUUUGAGGCUUAUCCUUUUCAGAGCGAUGUAAAUGAUGACGCUAAUAUUCCCAUGGAAGCCUACGAUUACGUUGACGAUAUAUGCGCCUUUUACAAAUCGAAAGAGAAAUCUAUGUGCAUAAAACCAAAUUUAAUUGCUAGACUGAAGCACGGCUUCAUGUUUUGUGGAGUGGUUGAUUGAGGCACGCGAGGCGUUCCAGUUCCCAACUGAGGCGAUGUAUCUUGCAUCCAUCUUUUCGAUCGAUUUUUGGCUCUUCAUCCAGUGGAAAAGAAGAGAGGGAUUUUGGUUGGAGUGACCGCUCUACAAUUGGCUGCCAAAUAUGCUGGAAUAAGAGAGUCCAUUCCUUGUGUCCAUUCGUUUUCCUGCUUGGCGCUUACUUCAUGCACUUCGUUCUCCUUAGGGCAAAUUCUAGAAAUGGUAAGCUUUAGAGUGAAGCGGAAUACCAUUCCUUAUUUUGCUUAUCUCCAUUAACUUUUCUUCUUUCACAUAAUUCUGUCUGUUCUUGGCAAUAUGCAGGAGUACUUGAUGUUGAAGACCUUAGGGUAUGUCUUGUCAAUUUCGACUCCGUCCAUAUUUAUGUGGAAAUUCCUUGAUGAAACUCACUCUGAUGAAAAGGUACUUUGUUUUUGUUAAUGUUAUUUCAUGGUGUCAUGAAUUGAUCUUAAUACAUCAAUAUAGAAAAUGAUUUGGGUUUCUUUUUGUAACUCCAACCGGAUCAAGAACUUGUCCAGUUUCUUCAUUGAUCUCUGCCUAGUUCAGUAUGAAACAUGCACAUUUCGACCUUCAAUAUUAACUGCCGCUGCAAU